CAUAGCAGCCUCUCUUUACUAAGUGUAAACACGUGGUGUUCCUGGCUUCCCUAAUAUUUUGGCACCAUCACAGGUUUAUUCAGUAGAAGCCGUGCAGCUGAAAACAUCCUAACGUGGACCUUUGUGCGCUUAGACUUCAAGAGGAACAUGAAUAUCAUACUAGAGUAUAUAACUCUUUUUUUCAUUGCAAUCUUUUCCUAUCUGGAGGCACUGAUCAAGUUGUUUAUACCAGUAAAAAGGAAAUCUGUUAGUGGAGAUAUUGUCUUGAUUACUGGAUCUGGUCAUGGUAUUGGACGACUGACUGCCCUUGAAUUUGCCAAGCUGCAAAGUGUUCUUGUUUUAUGGGAUAUCAACAAGGAUGGAAUAGAAGAAACGGCAGAACAAUGCAGGAAACUAGGAGCUAAAGCUUUCACAUAUGUGGUAGACUGCAGUAAGAAGAAUGAAAUUUAUGCUGCAGCUGAAAAGGUGAAAACAACCAUUGGAGAUGUGGAUAUUCUGAUAAAUAAUGCAGGAGUAGUGUUUGGUGUAAAAUUUUUGGACCUACAAGAUCAUCAGAUUGAGAAGACAUUUGAAGUCAACAUUCUUGCUCAUUUCUGGAUCACCAAAUCUUUCUUGCCUGCAAUGAUGAAAAAAAAUCGAGGUCACAUAGCUACCGUGGCUUCUGUAUGUGGUCAUCUUGGCUUAACAUAUAUGGUAGAUUACUGUGCUAGCAAAUUUGGUGCUGUUGGAUUUCAUGAGAGUAUGACUCUAGAGCUUGCUAGUCUUGGAAAAGAGGGCAUAAAGACAACUUGCUUAUGUCCAGUGUUCGUAAAUACUGGAUUUGUCCAUGACCCAAGCACUCGAAUAUGGCCUGUUCUAACACCUGAAUAUGUUGCAAAAGCUUUUGUGGAUGGCAUCUUAACCAAUAAGAAGAUGAUUCUUUUGCCUCCAUCCGUGAAAAUGUACUUGAUAAUGUCAAACUUUCUUCCUCAACGUGUGAUAUCGAAGAUAAACAGCAUGCAGGAUGUGCAGUUCGGUACCAAGUUCAGAAGUGCAACCAAAAUGGAUUAAUUUGCCUAAAUGAAAUCACAAUAGCAAAGCAUAUCUUUGGAUACUUAAUGUGGCUUAAAGCUAACACACAUUUUGAUUAAAUAUUUUUCGUCAUUAUAGACAAAUUAGGCUACUUUCACACUUGCCUUUUUGCCAGAUCCAGCAGGGAUCAGAAAAACGCUUCUGUUUUUGAUAAUACAGCCAUCUGCAUCCAUUAUGAACGGUUGUAUUAUCUUUAAAA